AUGGGGGUUCAUACUCUUCAGCCAAGGGAUCGGCUACCGCAUCGAAGGAGCAUCCCAAGGUUUCACGUAGGCGCAUGGGCCACCCGAACAGUAAGCCGCCACUACCACCCUGAUGGGGGGAUCAUACCCAUCCGGUCCCACACAAUGGACCGUACCGGACUGAUGGGGGUUCAUACCCAUCCGAGUCCCACGCAACGGAUCGUAACUACCGGCCGAUGGGGGUUUAUACCCAUCAACCGAAGGAUCGGCUACGUCGGGAGUAGUAUCGCGGAGGGAUCGGCUACGUCGGGAGUAGUAUUCCGAGAGGUGCACAAACACAACAUCUCCCCGAGAGGAUCACCUGCCACAAGACGGGACGUCCGAAGGGUAGCCGGGCAAGAGGGUCAACUCCUUUACCUUCCUGUCUACACUGUCGGCACAACAAGCCAACGAUCGAGUAGUCGGGUAAAGGGGGCAGCUGUAGACCCCAAAUCUUGCCGGCCUCCAAAUAAAGUCGAAAGCGUCCUAUUUGAAGACG